AUGUUGCGUUCCUUGCUUUCCUUGGGCCGCGCGGGCACCAACGACUACCUCUUUCCUAAAGUGGAUCCCAAAACGGACGGCCCCGAAUGUUUAAAUGACUGCGCCGACUGCACAGUGAAGUUCCCGUCCAAAGUCAAAGUCGAAACUUCAAGGCCUCUUUAUGGCGAUAUCAAAGAAUUCCAGACCCAUGUUCUCGUCGCAACGGGGCAAUCCGACUGGAAGGAGAAGAAUGUCGAAAACACGACAGGAAGCUUGAUGGAAGCAUUCGACGGGGCAAAAUCAGACCACGGUCGUAUCAAGGUGUCAGCAUCAAAUCUCACCCCUCCAGAACAGCCAACUACAGACGAAAGUCCCACCCAAGCCACCACAGUACUAAUCCUCCCGUCAUUCACAUACGUCGACUCCGUCACGCAAAAGGACGUCCCAGAUCUGAUAGCCAGAUACAUCGAUCACCCCAGCGACCAGCAAAAUGGCUCUCCCGCGAAUGGAAUGAACGCUCGAGCCUGUGAACUCGACUACGUGGUAUUACUGUGCUCGCACGGACGCCGAGAUGCGCGCUGUGGUAUCACAGCGCCACUCAUCAAGCGCGAGCUGGAGCGACAACUCCGUCCGCUGGGACUCGACCGGGAUCCGGAUGACUCCCGGGUCGGCGGGGUGGGCAUCUUCUUCGUAUCGCAUGUCGGCGGGCACAAGUUCUCUGCGAAUGUUUUGAUCUAUCGCAAGAAGGACCAGCAGAUGAUUUGGCUUGCGCGUGUGCGGCCUGAGCAUUGCGAGGGCAUUGUUAAGUACACUAUUCUUCAGGGGAAGGUUGUUCAUCCUGAGUCGCAGUUGAGGGGUGGGUUUGAUCGGGUGAAAGGGUUGACGAGUUGGUAA